UCUCACUACUCUGUGGAGUACUGCUUAAAUUUUAAAGUUGCGUUGCGGUGGUUGUAAUUUUCUAUAUUUUAGAAUAUUAUUACUAAUUACUGUAACUUCACUUCUACUACAUUUUGUCUUUGUUAUUAUAAAAAUAUAAAUAAUUACCAAUUACCAUGAAUAUUUCAAGUAGUAGGGGUUCGUUUCGGGGGUCUGGUCGUGACCGUGGUAGAUUCAAUAGAGAAAUUCAAUCAGGACCUGACGAUAAGCAUGAUAGCAUGUCAAAGAAACUCCUAGACAUUGAUAUGGAAUUGGAAUUAUUGAAAAAAAAGAGGGCUAUUCUUCAAGAGGAGCAUCAAUAUCAAUCUUUACUAACGAAGGAAAAUGAAUUCAGGAGAAAACAUCAAUCUCGGCCUCGGUUCAGACCAGGAGUUAAAAGAACUGCCAGCCACAAUCCUGGUAGUGGCACACCAGCCAAAAUUACCAAGACGGAUGACAUAAAAAAGAAAGAUCCAGAUAACUGCAUUUUACGACCAAAUGUUGAAACACCAAAGUAUGUUACUGGAAGACUAGAGCUGGCACUAGGUGAACUUCUGAAACCUCUCAGACCGCUUUAUCCGAACGUGAUGGGUUCCAAGUUGGUGAGACAUGUUGUACGCGAUAGAAUAAGGAGCAUUAUGAUGAACAAACCAGUAAUCAGCUUAGCAAGUGUGUUUGAACAGUAUCGUUUGGUUUACCCGGAAGAGGCGGAAAACGAUUUGGUAACAUUGCGGGAUGAAUGUAAGAUGACAGGUGUAAUGAAAUUGCCCAAUUUUUCAGAUACAGAAACAGAGAGUAUUUCGAAAUACUACUUCGAAAGAUACGAGAAGCUACUUGCUUCCAAGAUGGAUGCUAUGUUUAACAACAUUGGUAAAUUGCAAGCAACUGAUGAUAAAGUUUUAUUAAAACUAAUAAGAGAUCUGAAGAAUACAAAGACCGAUGAUGAUUCUGCGACAGGCUCUGAUAAUAUUGCUAAUAUAGUGAGUAAAUUGACCAAAGGAAAUCUUUACAUGAACAUCACUGAACUUUUGGUGCAGAAGGAACUGUCAGAGAUGAUAGAGUCACCGAAAUUCAAAAAGACAUUCUUAGCCCUUGUCUGCUAUAAGGAUAAGAUUAAAGAUUUAAACAAAAUAAAACUUGAAGCAUUUAGAACUAUGUCGAAAAAAUGUCCAGAAAAACGUCUUCGUGAAAGGAAGUCAACUAAGAUUGAUAUAUCUAUAGAUGAACAUGUGGACAAAAAGGAAUCCGCAGAUGAGAAUGUGGAUAAGGAGAAAAAUGGAGAUGAAAGUGAAAUAAGCAACAAUAAAACUGUAGAUAAAUUGGAAAUAGAUGAAGUUAUUGAAGAAACUAAAGAGGAAGAAACUUCGAAAGAAGGAAAAAAUGCAGAUCAGUCUGGUGUAGAGGAAGCUGGGAAAGAAAAAAAUGUUGAAAUCAAUAAAGAGAGUCCAGUAGCUGCAAUUGGGCCCUACUAUGUUAAGGUGGUGGGUAAUCCCAAACUACCAUCUCGCGCAGGGUGCUAUAAGUUUCUGGAGCAAUUCAAACCGAGCAGCAUCAAGAAGCACAAAACAAUUGCCAAUUUGUUAAUCAUCACUUUCAAUGAAAAGGAGAGCUAUAAUAAAAUAAUAGCAGAAAACGAAGUAGCUAUUGAGGACUGUACUCUCGUAAUUAAAUCUGGUGACAAUAAUGCAACACCACAAACGCAACCGCAAAAAUCGACAAACACAGGAGAUAAUACAUCCUCUGAAAACGCUGAGGAUGGCCAAAAAAGGUCUAUUGAAAAACAAGACGCUACUGAUGCAAAAAAUUUGGAUAUUAUACCUGAAGAGGAUGAAAAAAUUGAUGAAAGUAAUGGAAAAACUACGGAAGAUGGUGAAAAAAUCGAUGAAGUUAAUGAAAAAACCACUGAAGAUGGUGAACAAAAGGCUGAAGAUGAGCAAAAGGUAGAAGCUACGGCCACUGUAAAAGGGACGUGCGAUGAUGAAAAUAUAAUAAAAGAUGUUCCACCUAAAGACUCUACAACCAAUUCUAAGGAGAGUGUACUAGCUACACCAACUAGAUCAUCGACACGACUGGCUACUGGCACUCCUGGAAGUAUUAGAACAAGACGAGCUAGUCGCUUGGCACAAAAUAACAAUUAAGAUAUUUUAUGCUGUUCUUUACGGUGUCGUAUAGAACAACAUAAGUUGCAAGUGAAUUUAUUUUAUGAUGCCUUUGGUUAUGUUUAUCUUGUCCUUACGCUAUUUUGUUUUUUUUUUUGUAAUAAAAAAUGUUUGUACACAAUAUAUCUAUGGGCUCAAAGUAGGUAUUGAAAUACAAUAAUAGAUGUCGUUGAAACUAAAUGAGCCAACAUCAUUUUCCAUAGUCAGAUUAUGAUCUAAGUUGUAACAUAUCACCAAAUUACGCUUUGAUUAUAACAAGGCCAACGGACGGUUACUGAGUUUCGUUGCAAUAGCGAGCGAUUAUUAUCCCAAUCCCUAUCACUCGUACGCAGUAAUGGCGUCAGUUGGUCGACGUGUUGUGUGUCGUUGCGUGUUUCGUGUUACAGGAAAGCAGUUGGUACCAGAGUUGUCGACAUUUGGUCUGCCAUUUUGUGAACAAGUUCAUUCCUCUUUGUUCGAACUGAUGCGUAUUUUUUCUUUUACGUAAUUACUUUUCUUUAUAUGAAUCCGUUAACAGUAGCGGAUUUUUCUUAACUAACAGUGGUUUUCUUGUUGAUUUUAACUAUUAAAUCACAGUCUAGCAGCUUUAGACAACCUUUGAAAGAUAGCAAUUCUUUUAAAUAUUCAAACAUCUCGAUAAAAAUCUUUUGAAACCCUGCAACUUUGUUUACAUUCUUUAUCUCUACUCGCUGGCCGCACUAUAGGUGAAAAUAAUAUUAUCUGUAAAUAAUAUUAUUAAUCAUAGCGUACCUCGAUAUGACUGUAUUAUUAUUAAACACAUUUUAAUAUACUCUGAAGCAUGAUAUCUGUUUUGGAGUAGACAUAGGUGCUUUGCAGUUGUGUCCUUGACUAACACUACAUUUAUAUUUACUAAUAAAUUCACGACUUCAUAGAUAAAAGUUGUUUUUCAUCUGUAACCUUUAUAGAGAGGAGCGGACUAUAUUCUGAAUUAAUAAAUAUUAAAUGCGA